GCAUCUCUUGCUGUUGUUGCUUCCAAAGCCGCCGACAAACCUCCCACUAAUCUUCUAAAAGUUAUUUACCCAUUCCCUGUAGGGUAUAAUCCCGACGAUGAGAACUUUGAUGCUGGACUGAUCUCCACGUCUGCGUGAAACCGUUCCACUAUUUAUACGACCGUGUGGACUGGAUGGUAGAAUGGAUUGAGAUGAACCGAAUGCUCGGAGUGUCACACUUCUACAUGUAUAACGAUUCAAUGAGUGAGGAGUUGGGCUGUAUCCUCAGCCACUACCAGCAACAAGGUCUCAUCACGCUGCUACCUUGGGAUAUACCCAUAUCCAUAGGUGAUAGAAAAGUAGUCAGAAUAAGAGGACAGUUCCUCGCCUUCAACGACUGCAUCUACCGGGCGAUGACAAGAGCGCGCUGGUUGAUGAUUAUCGACACAGACGAGCUAGUGAUACCACGACAAGAGAGGCAGUUGACAACCUUGCUAGAUUCACUUGUCAAAAACUACAGCAGGGCCGAUGGGAACGCCGGCUUCAUAUUUAAAAACUUUUUCUUCUUUCUCGAAUGGGAGGACGACCCAGUGUCAUCAGUACCAUUGCUAACAUCACGUAAGACACGACGAGUAAUUAUGGGGACCCCAAUUCCACAGCGCUCCAAAUACAUAGUGCGACCGCUUGAAAUUAUUGAACCUGGUAACCAUUUUGUAUGGAAGCACGUAAAUGACGCCUAUAAUUCAAAUGUGCCUGAGGAACACGCGAUAAUGCAUCAUUAUCGGAUAAAUCGCAUUGGCAAAGUACCGAUAAAUGAAACAGUAGUAGAUAGGAUAGCACACAGAUGGACUAAAAAUCUAUGGAAGAGAGUAAAAACAAAACUGCAAAACAUACAGUGUUUACAGAUCAAGCAUCUCGAAUAA